GAUCAUAAACAUGUAUAGUAUUUAUUUUGUUUUGAAUAUGAUGUUUCAAAUUAGAUGUGUACGUUAAAGUAUAAUUCAGUUGCUUAACUGACGAGUUACGAGAUCAACAUUUGACGCAAUGGAGUCACGCACAAUGGAAUCUUCAAAACCUGCAAGUUUAGAUAUUAAAGUAAUUUUUGUAUUCAAAAUUGAGAAAACCCAGUUAGCUCAUGAAAGUGGAAAACACACAUCUGAUCAUGAUCAUACCUACGCAAACGAAACAAUUCCUGAAAAGGAUAAAGAGGAGAUAUGUCAAAAGCUUGCCGCGAAUUCAGCUAUACACGUUGUGAGCGCAAUGAUGAAAACUAUGUGGGAAUGUUGCACAGCGCACCUGGCAUGGGAGUUGUAUUUAAAAUUGAAAGAACUGAUGAUUUGUUUAAAUAACCAGAAUCAGUGUUUUAAAUUGUGGAAAACAGUACAAAGUACAGAUAAAUUAUCGAAAGUUCUCAAGAGCACGGCAUGUGCUGACAGAGGGACAAAAAUUAAGUUAAGUUCUAAUGAAAAUUCGUACGAAAUUGAGUUCAAUAUCAUGGCAGGUUUUUAUCCUAAAGGAGUUAAAACGAAGACAAAUGUAAAAGUAAAACCUUUGAAGACGUCUGAAGAAGCGAGUACUCCUUCGACCUUGUUUGAACAAAUGAUCGAUCAAGUUUACGAAGUGAGAAGACAGUAUAAGAAACCAUUUUUGACAAAUCCUGAAAAAGUAAAUGAAAUAUUUAAUGAGAUAUUCAAGUCACCACAUGCAGUAACUAGCCCUGAGAUUUCAAGAAUUACGAAAAUGACCCGGGAGGUGGAAAUGGAGGUAAACUUUGAAUUAACAUUUCUAGGUGAUGUUCCAAAUGAACUCUACAUGACAGAAAGAUUAUCGUACAAAAAGCUGCAGUUAGUGCCGUGUUACAUAGUGAGCCUGCAAGGAAUUCUGUUCGGGAAAAUGAUGCAGAACUGGCGUGGAAGUUAUUUUUACUUAUGGCAGAUAAGCCGUACGAACCAAGCAUGACUCACAAAUGCAAGCCUUUAUUUGUUCCAGUAAAUGAACACAUUGCAAUUAAUAAAAGUAUGUCCAAAAACCGAACUCACCAUGCGGUAAUAAAUUUAAAAAUCAAAAGUAAAAGUUAUUCGAUUAGAUAUAUUAUCGGUACUUGUUUCCACCUUUACACUACUGAAGGCGGAGUUCGUAUUCUAGAAAGAACGACCUCAACUGAAGAGCAACCCCGAAUAAUUAAAGCUUAUGAUGCAUGUAAAACUAUAUUAGCUGAAAUUCGGAAAGAAAAUAAAGAGACAACCCAUAAAGAAAUAGUUGAAGUGCUUGAAAAACAAUGGCCAGAUACCGAUAUCGAUAUCGAUAUAGAUAUCGAUUUGUGAAAAGGACCUGGACGUAUCGAAAAAAGCUCUCAUUCAAACUUUUUAGUUAAUAUGAAAAAUUGCAGCUUCCGACUCUACCUUAAAAAGUAUUUCUACUUUAGUAAAAUUCCAAAUCAACUUCGUAAACUAAGCCACUGAGAGUAUCUAUGUUACAAAAAUCGAUCUUUUAACAUAUCAAGAACUUGAAGUGAAGCUUUUUGAUCACCCUUGAUUUAACUUGUUUUUAACGUCAAAAACAUGGAACCAUACUGUUUUCAUAUUGUAUUACCACAUUUUUCAAUUGUAAUUUUUUAUUUCGUAAAGCAAGAUUCUAAUGUUAAAUUACGUACUUAAUCUGUAAAACUCUAAAAAAAUUGUGAAUAGUAAUCUGCGAAACAUUCCAUGUGAAGCAUCGUUUGAACAUAAUAAAUUAAAAAAAUAAUUUAAAAAAUUAA